AACUGUUCAUUACAAUAACGGCAUAGCCAACCACGCUCGGUAGAACCGCUCCUUACGAGCUCGCCAAGCAUAACAUUCAAGAAAUCGGUAAAAAUUCAGGUAGACCAGAGACCAAGCGACGUGGUCGCCACAGAACCGCCCACCGCGUGCAUUUGCUUUGAGUUAACUCAUGUGAACACUAGUUUCUGUUGUUUUGAUGAAAAUUGUGUGAAGUGCUGUGAUUUUAAGGAUAAUCCGGAAACGAAUGAAGUAGCAGAAUGCCAUUGUCGACAAGCCGACAACAGUUCCUGGCUUAUGAAACCAACGCCGACCCAGACAUCCGAUAUGGCAGGAAAGGAGGAAUCUUCAUUUCUACCUGUAUUUGCAUCAGUUUCAUUAUAGCCGCUGUGGUUAUAUCUGUUCUCGUUGGUCUCAUAGUAUACUACAUUAGCUAUUUUAAGCUUUCCCAGACAUCCUAUGACUUCUGGGGGGAUGAAGUGGAGGAAUUAUUUUCACAGCAAGAUGAGCCAUCACCAGAUCUCCGUCUGCCUCUUCACAUCUCCCCAAGCUUUUAUAGAUUAAAAAUAAAGGCAGACUUAGACAAGUCAUAUUUUACUGGUGAUGUGUACAUAACAGUUAAAGCUCUUAAAAAUGUCAAAGAGAUCAUUUUACAUGCGCAAGACCUCAAAGUCAACAAUGUUACAUUAACAGAACAAAUAUAUGAGAAAGUUGAAACUUUGCACUCAAGAAAAAGGAGGGAUACUGGCAACGAAACAACUGCAGAAACCAUUCCAACAACGACAACAAAUGAAACAUUAACUGUGAAUGAAACUACUACUCAAACAGAGAUAUUAUCAAACGCAACGGAUGCUCAGGAACAGAAUACUACUGAGAGCACAGAACCGACAACUUUAAAUCCACUGGAUACUCAAGUAACACACAGUAAUUUAAGGAAUAUAAGAAUUAACUCAAUUCAAAAAAGUACAGGGGACAGGUUAAUUAUAACCACUGACUCUCCAUUGUCACUAAAUACCGAUUAUACUCUUCAACUAUCAUUUGAAGGAAAUAUAUCAAACUAUCUUACCGGUUUCUAUAAGAGCAGUUAUACAGAUGUAAACAAUGUGGUGAGGAACAUGGGUGUGACUCAAUUUGAACCCACAUCUGCCAGAGCGGCCUUCCCGUGUUUUGAUGAGCCUGCUUUCAAAGCUAAGUUUGAAAUAAGUAUUGCUCAUCCACAAAAUAUUUCUGUACUAUCAAACAUGAAGGUAGCUACCCAGGAACCUGUAGACGAGGAUCCGACCUGGCAAUGGACACAUUUUGAGAGAUCUGUUAACAUGUCCACCUACCUUGUUGCAUAUGUUUUAACAGACUUCAAGUAUACAGAAACAAGCUAUCUGAGCAAGGACAAUAUCACAAAGCCCAUUAGAAUCUGGGCGAGACCAGCCUUGAUAUCAAACACAAACUAUGCAGCAAAUAUCACACCCAAGUUGCUGAUGUUCUAUGAAGACUUCUUUGGAAUUCCUUACGCUUUGGAUAAAAUUGAUCUCAUAGCUAUACCAGAUUUCUCAAGUGGUGCCAUGGAAAACUGGGGCUUGAUUACAUUCAAAGAGACAACUCUACUAGUGGAUGAGAAGGAGGGUCUUCCGUACGACAAACGCAACGUCGCUAUAGACGUCGCCCACGAACUCGCUCAUCAAUGGUUCGGAAACCUGGUUACUAUGAGAUGGUGGACCGACCUCUGGUUGAAUGAGGGAUUCGCGACUUAUAUCGAGUAUGUGGGGGUUAAUCAUAUCGAACCAAACUGGAGGAUCUUCGAAUCGUUCAGUCAGGAGAAAAUGUCGUUACUACAUACUGAUGCGCUUAAAAACACCUCCCCCGUUUCUCGAAAAGUAGUCGACGCAGGAGAAAUAGCACAAAAGUUCGACGAAAUAUCGUAUUCAAAAGGCGCUAACCUUAUACGCAUGCUGAAUCAUACCAUCUCAGAAACGUUGUUCAGAAAGGGUCUGCUAAUUUAUUUGAAUGACUGGAAAUUCCAAAACGCGGAAGAGAAUGAUCUAUGGGCCGCCAUGUCAAAGUCUGUUGAGUCGGAUCCGGAACUGAAAACAUUGUCUAUGGUGAAGUUCAUGAACUCGUGGACGCGUCAGGCUGGAUAUCCGGUUGUCAACGUGAUAAGAGACUAUGACACUGGACGAGUCACUUUCCAACAGAAACUGUUCACGAGCACCAACGACCCCCACAAGGCGACCGCAAAACAAAUAUGGCGGAUACCGAUCAGCUACGUCAUAUCGAAUACCACAGACACAGCUAACACCAAACCCAAGGUGUGGCUGAAUGACAAACAACUGUCAACUGAGCUAGACAUUAGAAGAGACCAAGCUUUGUAUGUCAACGUUGAUGCUGUAGGGUAUUACAGAGUGAACUACGACCAAAGAAACUGGGAGUUACUAGACGAAGCUAUUAGAACUGGUGACUUUAAGAAUCCGAUGACCAAAGCUCAACUAAUCGACGACGCAUUCAAUUUGGCUAAAGUCGGUCAGCUGAAAUAUAGCUAUGCCCUUCGACUAUCCUCCUGUGUGAUGCAGGGCGAUGACUCUAAGAUAGUUUGGGAGCUCCUACUUAAUAAUAUGUCGUUCUUGAAGCACAAUUUGAGAGCAACAUCGGGAUAUAGGUAUUUCCAGGAUUAUAUGAGAAAACUACUAGGCAAGCAGCUAGAGAAACUGAACUACGGCCUCGAUAAACCCAAAGACGAUAACGAAGCAUUUUUAAUCGACAAUCUAAUAAUGUGGGAUUGCUUAGUGGAGUCGCCGCGCUGCCUCAAGUGGGUGCGAGAUCAAUUCGAACAGUUGGCAGCACUGGACGAUCUUAAUAAAAACCCCAUCCCAUCAUACCUCCGACCGAUAGUAUACAACAUAGCGAUCACGCACGGCGGUCGGCGCGAGUUCGAGUUCUUCUGGAACAUGUAUCUCAACUCCACGGACCCCAAUGUACAGAACCUCAUUAUUAAUAACUUGGCGGCAACUAGAGAGGAGUCUUUUAUUAUGAUGCUGCUAGAAAAGAGUCUUGGCGACAUACCAAAGCAGUAUGCCUUAUCAUUAUGGAAUGUAGAGCCGCCUGUCGGUACAAAACUCGCGCAAAACUUUCUCAUAGAGAACUUCGACAGAAUAUACCAACGGUUCACGCAGAUUGACUCGUUCAGUUUCGCCGGAGUUCUGAGUUCCACAUUCGGUUUUAUCACGAGUACUGAUGAGUUGGAAGUGCUCAAGCGUUUCGCGAUAAAACACAAGCAGCAAUUGAAGCCGAUGUCCCAAACUCUACAGAAGAUAGUCGACGCCGCCGCCGUCCGCAUCGCGUGGAUCAAACGACACACCAACGAAAUCAACCAAUGGUUCCAAGAUUUUAUGAAAAACUCGUCUGAAGUGACACCAACACCAUCGUCUGAUCUGACGCAAAAUGUAACGAUUAGUGUUACGACCCCUAAUGGGACAGACACCAAUACUACGAGUACGAAAACUUAGGAGGUAACAUCCUUUAGUUUAAUUAUUAUAGUCAUGAAAAUUGAUAAUAGUCAUGAAAAGUAUAAUUGACAUUACGUAAUAUUAUAAUAAUUAUUAUUCAUGUGUCUAAAAAAUACAAUAAUCAAAACACUCCACUAAUCCAACCCACCGACUUGAAAUGAUAAACAUUUUAUGUACUGUCAUAUAAAAUGCAUUUUUUUCUCUCAUCAAACCCGUCAAUCCCCAAGCGGCACC